UCUUCCGCCAAGCGAGAGAGAGCAACGCUUAUGGUGAUCAUCCCCAUCCCGUCUUGUGCUGCAAGGAAACUGACCCGACUCACUAACUCAUCAGUGAUCGGUUCUUUGUGCCAUGCCAUGGAUGACUUCAUCACCGGUUGGUUGGUUGAUCGAUCCAUCUGCUGUGGCCUAGGAAUCAAGAUCCUCUCCCCGCUUUGGUGAUUGGAAUGCAACCGGCACACGAGUACCCCGACCCAAUGCUUGUCAGUCCGAUCCAGCCUCCAUUGACGGGAAUGAACGGACGCGAUCUCGCGAGUGAGAUCAGCAGCCUCCAAGGACGUGCCGCUGCUCCUGUCCUGUGCCGGCGACGCGAUGCGGCGUGACUAAUCACGGGAGGGGAGGGACAGAGAAGAGGGGGGAUGAGUCGCAGUUGCAUUUCGUCUUGGUCUCCUCUCCUCCCCUCCAUCCACUGUGCUAGAGUGACAAAUGAUCGAUCUGGUCGCCUUCCCUUCCCAGAAGCUUCCCUGCUCGCCCACCGGUCACGGCGUUAGACGAUCGAGCUCAAAGAUUUGAUUUUUAAUUCGCCCACCAUCCCCUCCCAUUCCAUGUCUCCCUCAAAACAUCACCACUAGCUCUCAAGUAGUACUCGUAGUAGCUAAUCGGGCUCAUCGCCAACCCAAAGAUUCAAUUUUCUUUUUACCGCCGGCAAGCCAUGGCCGCCUCGCCGGGGGAUCUCCUGGGGCAGGGAGCCUUUCUCGAGCCCUUCUCCCCCUCCGUCUUCCUCGACCUCCCUCCGACGCCCCGCCCAGAUGGCGGCUUCGACGGCGAGGACCCGGCCUCGUCGGACGACCUGGUCCUCCCCUUCAUCUCAAGCAUGCUCAUGGAGGAGGACAUCGACGACAAAUUCUUCUACCAGUACCCCGACCACCCCGCGCUCCUCCAGGCGCAGCAGCCAUACGCACAGAUCCUCUCCGCUUCCGCCACCACCGCCUUGUCCUCAUCCGAUUCCGCGACCACCAACACCGACGGAAGCGGCAACUUCCACCUCUCGCCAUCCUUCUCCUCCGACGCCCCCGCCUUCGCCGACGCUACCUGGCCCUACGAUCCAAUCGAGCUCUCCCAGCUGCUACGCUCCCCGCCGUACCCCGACAUGGGAGUGGGGCUCGACGAUGUCAACGCCUUCAUCUUGCCGGGGCAAGACGGCGCCACCGCGGGAUUCCAGCAGACUCCGGCGCCCUUCAAGAGCGCGAGCGAGGCCAACGCGUUCCUGGAUAGCGCGGAGGAGGAGACGAAGACAAAGUCCACCACCACCUUGCCCGCUGACGACGGUGACCACGCCGCGCUGGCCUCGGCCUUCUUCGGUGGCCAGAACGGGGUAACCAUGGACAUGCUCAAUCAGGCGUUCCUCAAGGGCAUGGAAGAUGCCAAGAAGUUCUUGCCCACCAACAACAGCCUCCUCAUCGACCAUGAGGGCACUUCCGGGGAGUCCUUUCCUAGAGACAGGAAACCGCCGAGUGGCUUCGCUGCCGGCCAAGUGAAGAAGGAGGAGACAGUGGAUGGAAUGUUAAUGUUUGGAGGAAGCAACAAUGGCAGGGGCCGCAAGAACCGGCACCACGAAGAGGACCUGGAGGCGGAGACAGGCAGAAACAGCAAGCUGAUGAUGCCGGAACAGGAGGAAACUGGUGCCCGGGAGAUGUACCGCGAAAUAAUGUCCUGCGAUUACGAGGAAUUCAACAAGCGCAUGACGGACCUGCGCAUUGCCAAGGAUAGUGAGUCUGAGAGGAGCAGCAGGAGGGGUGGCGGGAAGGCGGCGCGGGGGAGGCAGGGCGCGAAGGAGGUUGUUGAUCUGCGCACCAUGCUUAUCCAUUGUGCACAGUCAAUGUCCACGGGUGAUGCCCGAAGUGUGAACGAGCUGCUGAAGCAGAUCAAGCAGCACUCCUCGCCGAGAGGAGACGCCACACAGAGGCUGGCAUAUUGUUUCGCCGAGGGACUGGAGGCACGACUUGCAGGCACAGGGAGCCAGGUGUACCAGUCGCUCAUGGCAAAACGCACCUCGGUUGUGCACUUCCUCAAGGCAUACAAGCUACUCAUGGCAGCCAGCUGCUUCGUGAAGGUGAAAUUCGUCUUCUCCAACAAGACAAUUUGUCAUGCUGCGGCAGGGAGGAGUAAAUUGCAUGUUGUGGACUAUGGUGUGCAACAUGGAUUUCAGUGGCCAGGUUUGCUCCAUUUACUGGCAAAUAGAGAAGGUGGACCACCAGAGGUGAGGUUCACCGCAAUUGACGUCCCACAGCCUGGGUUCCGCCCAGCCCACCAGAUUGACGAAACAGGCCACCGCCUCAGCAACUGUGCGCGCCAGUUUCGCGUGCCCUUCAAGUUCCACGGUAUUGCAGCAAAGUGGGAGAACGUCCAUGUUGAGGACCUCAAUAUUGAUCCAGAUGAGGUUCUUGUUGUCAACAGUGAGUGCUUUUUCGGUAACUUGAUGGACGAGAGUGUUCUGGUGGACAGUCCAAGCCCUAGAGAUAUGGUCCUAAACAACAUCCGGAAGAUGCGCCCUAACGUGUUCAUCCAUUGUGUGGUCAAUGGCACAUAUGGCGCACCGUUCUUUUUGACACGGUUCCGGGAGGCACUGUUCUUCUACUCAGCGCAUUUUGACAUUCUUGAUGCGACCAUCCCCCGGGACAAUGAUGAUCGGCUGCUGAUCGAGCGGGAUAUCUUUGGGCGGUCUGCCUUGAAUGUUAUCGCUUGUGAGGGUGCAGACCGGGUGGAACGCCCUGAGACUUAUAAGCAAUGGCAGGUGCGGAACCACCGAGCUGGGCUGAGGCAGCUACCAUUGAAUCCAGAGGUCAUAAAGGUUGUGAGAGAUAAGGUCAAGAACUAUUACCACAAAGACUUUCUCAUCGAUGAGGAUCACCGUUGGUUGCUGCAGGGAUGGAAGGGGCGGGUACUGUAUGCCAUGUCGACAUGGGUUGCUGAGGAUAAUAAGUCCAUCUCUAGCUAAUUUGGUUUGCCUGAUUCCACAAUCCGACCCUAGAUGAUAUUGGUAUUUGGUAGAUGGUCUAUACUUAUAUUAUUACCAGCUGCAGUGUAUUAUGUUUUACUGAUGAAACUAUGGUCCAGCAGACGUGGUUCACUGGACUUCAGUUUUUAGAGGGCUUGAGUGCUGAGACUUUGUGAAGUAGAAAUAAGUGGAUGCUUAAGGCUACAUAUCUAUAGAUUUAGAUAUAGGACAUGUUGUUGAGCUGUGAUAAUGUAUACCAAAAUUAAGAACCCUAUAGCUGACAAGCAAUUUUAUGGAUCACAUGUCUGACUUUUCAUGUGUCAAAGCCUUAAAA